UUAAUUUAGGUUUGCAUGUUUUAUUUCUGUUCUUUCAUUGUUUGGGUGGUUUCAUUUCUUAUUUCACAACUCUGUCUCUCAUCUUUUCUAGGAGUCGGAUUCUGGAUUCACAAUAUCUCAGGCUGCUUGGAGUCUUAAGACACGAGCAUUAACAGAAAUGGUUUAUGUUGAUGAAAUUGAUGUGGAUCAGGAGGGGAUAGCAGAGAUGAUACUUGAUGAAAAUGCCAUUGCUCAAGUUGCACGUCCAGGAACUUCUUUGAAACUCCCUGGAACCAGUCAGGGGGGUGGUCCUAGUCCAGCUGUUAGGCCAGUGACUCAGACGGGAAGACCUAUUACUGGGUUUGUGCGACCCAGCACACAAGGUGGACGGCCAGGCACUAUGGAACAGGCUAUAAAAACACCUAGAACAGCCCACACUGCUCGCCCAAUUACCAGUGCUUCUGGGAGAUAUGUCAGACUAGGAACGGCAUCAAUGCUCACAAACCCAGAUGGCCCUUUCAUAAACUUGUCCAGACUGAAUUUAGCAAAAUAUGCUCAAAAACCAAAGUUGGCAAAGGCAUUGUUUGAAUACAUUUUUCACCAUGAAAAUGACGUUAAGAACGCUUUAGAUUUGGCAGCACUUGCCACAGAACAUGCACAAUAUAAGGACUGGUGGUGGAAAGUUCAGAUUGGGAAAUGCUACUACAGGUUAGGAUUAUAUCGCGAAGCUGAAAAACAAUUUAAGUCGGCUCUCAAGCAACAAGACAUGAUAGAUACAAUACUAUAUUUGGCAAAAGUGUAUUUGCGCUUGGAUCAACCUUUGACAGCUUUAAAUCUUUUCAAGCAAGGAUUAGAUCGAUUUCCUGGAGAAGUGACCCUCCUCUGUGGGAUUGCUAGAAUCCAUGAGGAAAUGAACAAUAUCUCCUCAGCUGCAGAGUACUACAAAGAUGUCUUAAAACAAGACAACACUCAUGUGGAAGCCAUUGCAUGCAUUGGCAGUAACCACUUUUAUUCAGACCAACCUGAGAUAGCACUGCGGUUUUACAGGCGACUCCUGCAGAUGGGUGUUUAUAACUGCCAACUUUUCAACAAUUUGGGCCUUUGUUGCUUCUAUGCCCAGCAAUAUGACAUGACUCUGACCUCAUUUGAACGUGCACUUUCUUUAGCUGAAAAUGAGGAGGAGGCAGCAGAUGUUUGGUACAAUUUGGGACACGUGGCUGUGGGAAUAGGGGACCUGAAUUUGGCUUACCAGUGCUUCAAGCUUACCCUAGCCAGUAACAAUGACCAUGCAGAAGCUUACAACAACUUGGCUGUGCUGGAGAUGCGAAAAGGUCACAUUGAGCAGGCAAGAGCUUUGCUACAGACUGCUUCAUCUUUAGCACCUCAUAUGUAUGAGCCCCAUUUUAAUUUUGCAACACUCUCUGAUAAGGUUGGGGAUCUCCAGAGGAGUUAUGUAGCCGCUCAGAAGUCAAAAGAAGCAUUUCCAGAUCAUGUAGAUACACAACUGCUCAUCAAACAGUUAGAACAGCAUUUUGCCAUGCUUUGACUCAGUGUUUUUAAUCAAGUUAAAAGCUCAAAUGAUUUCCACUAGAACUAGCACCAAACAUGUUUACAACAUGAUAUCUAAGAAUUAUACAUGGGCAUCUUUUUAAUCCAGGAGCCAUAGAAACUAGUACAGGUAGCAGAAGAGGUUUAGGGAAUUGUGAACUGACUUGUAUGAAUUUUAAAUUACUUAAUUUUUUAAUAUGGCUCAGACACACUUUGUAAAAUGAGAGUAAAGAAUAAGAUCUUGCAUUGAAAGAGCUAUUGCAUAGUAAUGAAUUGACCCUUUAAUAUUAAGGAAGCAUUUUAAAAUAAUUUUUUCCAGACUGUUUUGCAAGUAAACCAGGUUUUUAAUAUUCCUGGUUGACAGUCCAUCAACCAACAUGAAGCAAAAAAUGUUUCAUAAUUGCCUUGCAAGCUUGGUUUUUGAUACCAUAUGUUCAUAUGUUGUUUUUAAUAUUAAAAUAUACAAAUUAAGUUAUUAAUGUAAUUUAUAUAUAAAAUGCACACUUGAAGCAAAAAAAACCCAAAAUAUAGAUUUUCCUUGAUGUACAUUUGGUGUAAAAUAAAUUCAAAUCUGUACAAUUAUAUUGUCUCUAGCAUUAUGAAGAUGGCUUCACAUGUUCUGAUCUGUAUUUUCUGAGAAACAAAGAAUAUCAAUACCAACUAUACU